UUCCUUGAUUCAAUGGCUUCAAGUUCGUCAUCUUUCCCAAGUUCUUCUGUUUCUUCUACUAGCAAAUGGACGUAUGAUGUUUUCCUGAGUUUCAGCGGUGAGGACACCCGCAAUACUGCUACGGACUUUCUAUAUUAUGCUUUAGAAGAGAAGGGCAUCAAAACUUUCAAGGACGAUCGAAAUCUUGAGAGAGGAAAAACAAUUAAACCAGAACUCCUCAAAGCGAUAAAAGAAUCCAAAUUUGCUGUGGUCAUUCUCUCAAAAAAUUAUGCAUCUUCCACUUGGUGCUUAGAUGAACUUGUAGAGAUCAUUGACUGCGCGGAAAAAAAGGAAAUAACAGUUUUGCCUAUUUUUUACAAUGUGGAUCCAUCUGAUGUGCGGAAACAAAUUGGAACUUUUGCCCUUGUUGAACAUGAAAAACAAUCCAAGGAGAAGGUGGAAACAUGGAAAGCUGCUUUGAGUCAUGUGGCCAAUAUUGCCGGAUAUCCCGUAAAGGAUAGUCCUCUCUCUCGAGAUGUCAAAAGCAUUGUGGGACUAAUAUCACGAAAAUUGAGUGGUGAAUUCUCUGAUGCUAUUGAGGGCUACGUUGGAAUAGAAUCUCCAAUGUUGGAAUUGGUGUCUUAUUUAGCUUUUUGUUUAAAGGAAGAAGUUCGCUUUAUAGGGAUUUGGGCGAUGGGGGGGAUGGGGAAGACAACCCUCGCCAAAGUUGCCUAUAAGAUGUUUUCUAAAGAAUUUGAAGCUUGUUGUUUUAUUGGUAAUGUUAGGGAAAAAUAUGAAAAAGAAGGUGAACUUUCACUACAAAAAAAUCUUAUUUCUCAAUUAUUAAAUGACACAAAUUUGAAUUUGAAAAAUGAAUGUGAAGGAGAACACAUAAUCAAGAGUAGGUUACGUGGUAGAAGGAUUCUUCUUGUUCUUGAUGAUGUAAAUGAUAUAAACCAGUUACAAAAUUUAGCUGGGAAGGGUGAAUGGUUUGGUCCGGGCAGUAGAAUUAUCAUUACAACAAGAGAUAAACACGUGUUACAAUAUUUAGAAGGCCAAAUAUGUGAAGUUAAAGCAUUGAAUUAUGAAGAUGCUCUUUGUCUUUUUUUUUCAAAAGCUUUUAAAAACAAACAUGCCCCUGAUGAAUAUUUAGAACUGUCCAAAGGCAUUUUAGCAUAUGUUAACGGUGUUCCUUUAGCUCUUGUCACUUUGGGAUCUUUUUUGUUUGGAAGAAGUACGGAUGAAUGGAAAUAUACGUUGGAGAGGCUCAAAGAAAAACCUAAUGAAAUAGUUAAUCAAGUACUAAAAAUAAGUUUUGAAGGACUUGAAGAAUCUGAGCAGGAAAUAUUCUUAGAUAUUGCAUGCUUGUUUAAUCACGAGGUGGAAGAUCAUGUGGUAGAAAUACUAGAAAAUCUUGGCCGCCUUCCCCGUAUUGGAUUAAAGAUUCUCAUUGAGAAAUCUCUCUUGAAAAUUUCCGAAAAUAAUGAGUUGGGGAUGCACGAUUUACUAAGAGAUAUGGGUAGGGAUAUUGUUCGUCAAAAAUCUCGUGAUGAGCCUGGGGAGUGCAGUAGAUUGUGGCUUUAUGAGGACAUUGAUCGUGUGUUAAGAAACGAUACGGGAACAAAAAAAGUUAAAGCCAUGGAUAUCAGGGGAGCAGAGGAAUGUUGGCGAGGUUUCACAUUUUCAAAAAAACAAAAAAGGCCACUUUGGAACCCUAAUGCCUUUUUGAAGAUGUCCAAUCUUAAAUUUCUAAGAGUUCGUAAUGUUUUCCCUCAGCAUGUCCCAAAACAUCUUCCCAAUUCUUUAAGAUAUCUUGAAUGGAGUGGUUAUCUUGCAAAAUCAUUACCAUGUUUUCAGCCAAAUGAGCUUGUUCAACUUCAUUUGCAGCAUAGCAAAAUUGAAUUUCUCUGGGAAGGAAUGAAGAAUUUUGACAAGUUGAAGUCCCUCAAUAUGGCUGGCUCCUCGAACUUGAUUAAAGUCCCCAAUUUUAAUGGAGUUCCAAAGCUUGAGGAAUUAGUUCUUGAAGGGUGUUCAAAGUUACGCACGCUUGGCCCAUCCGUUGGAAAAUUGAAAAACCUCAAACUUCUUAAUCUAAAGAAGUGCCAAGAACUAACUAGUCUUCCAAACAAGUUUGAAUGGAAAUCUCUUGUGACUCUUAAUCUUACUGGUUGUUCCAAAGUCAAGAAAAUUCCAGAAUUUGUAGGAAACAUGACGCACUUACAGGAACUUCUUUUGGAAGGCACUGCUAUUAUAGAAUUACCUUCAUCAGUUGAAUGUUUGACUGGCCUUAAUACUUUGAUCUUGAAGAAUUGCAAAAAUUUAGUGUCUUCCUAACAUCAUUUGUAGCUUGACUCUAACAAUCUUAAUCUUUUUGGAUGCUCAAAAUUUGACAAAUUGCCACAGGACUUGGGGAAUAUCGGAAGUCUAAAGAACCUUGAUCUGAGUGGAACAGCUAUAAAGGAGCUGCCUUCAUCAAUUGAAUUUUUGAUUAGCCUUGAAGCAUUGGCUCUAGAAGAUUGCAAAAAGUUUGUGCUUCUUCCAAGUACCGUUUAUUGUUUGAAGUCACUAAAGGAAAUGUGUCUUUCUAGAUGCCCAAAAUUUGUUAACUUGCCAGAGAACCUCGGGAAUUUCAAACAUAUGAGGAGACUUUUUUUUGAAGGAACAGCAAUAGAAGUAUUGCCAUCAUCUGUUGGACAUUUGGCUACCCUUGUGGAUUUAAACCUAAAAGAUUGCAAAAAUCUUGUGCGUCUUCCAAGCACCAUUUGUAAUUUGAAGAGAGUAUCUAGUCUUAAUCUUGCUGGAUGCUCGAAAAUUACCAACUUGCCAGAGAACCUGGGGAAUAUGGAAAGCCUAAGUACGUUUUAUUUGGAUGGAACUGCUAUAAAAGAGUUACCUUCCUCCACCAUUCACCUUAAAUCGGUCAUGUAUGAUUUAUCUUUCAAGGGAUGUCAAUUGUCAUCAUCUUCAUUGACAUCUAUGCCAGGAGGUUACUAUAUGGAUCUCAGCGACUGCAACCUUUCGGCAAUUCCAAGCGGUAUUGACCGCUACCUUUCGGCAAUUCCAAACAGUAUUGACCGCUAUCUUUCGGCAAUUCCAAGCGGUAUCCGCUACCGUUCGGCAAUUCCUAGCGGUCUUGACCGCUACUCUACAACGACUUUAUAUUUAAGUGGAAAUGAUUUUGUUUCCCUUCCUGAAAGCAUCUCUCAAUUCUCUCGAGUAACAAGUCUUUAUUUGGAUGGUUGCAAAAGCCUUCGAUCAUUAUCAAAUAUUCAGAUUCCGUUAACAGUUAGAUUUUUAUGCGUAGACAAUUGUACCUCACUGGAGAGAUUGCCAGAACGCCCAGAACCAACAAAUGAUUACGUCCGGCGGUUUGGGGGACAAAGCUUGUUUGCUUCUUUCACUGUCCAGUGUUUCAACUGCUUCAAAUUGGCUGAAAAUUUUGAAAACUUCAGUAACAUGUUUCAGGGAAACAGUAGUCAACAAUUUGAGAUAUGUUGUAUUAUUCCUGGAAGGGAAAUUCCGAAAUGGUUUGGAAAAGUGAACAUAUGUGAUACUUCACUUGCCACUUGUAGUGUGGAUGAGGGUUAUAAUAUAAAAAAAAAAGUGAAGAUACAAUUGCCUGGGUCUGGGUCAGGGUGUGAUGAGUGGAGGGGAAUUGUUUUGUGCGCUGUUUUUUUACCCCCUGAGCGUCAUCAUAGAUUCCAACUGGAUCAUAGAUCCCAAUACGACUCCUACCACCCCUUCCUGGACCAUAAGAUUAGAGUGAAAUUUGUGAGUGGAUCGGGGUAUGAAUACAGGUGCUAUACUACGCCUGAGUUUACGUCAGAAUAUGGUGAAGUUGAGUCGCAUCACCUUUGGCUGCACAGUCUGUCCAAGAACGAGUUAUGCCUUCUGAAAACUCCUGGCCGCUCUAUUGAUAAGAAGGGAUUCCAUCAAGUUGAGCUUGAAAUACAGACCCGGGGCUUGGAGGUGGAGAAAAUUGGGUUUCGUGUGGUAUAAAAGCAAGACAUUGAAGAUCCCAAUUGAGAUGUGAAAUGGAGUAUGAUGACACUUUCUUCAGUUGGUGAUGAAUCUAGGGUUUGAAGAUCCCAAUCAAAAUAAGCGAAGCCCAUGAUGAGGAUGAUGGGGAAUUCUUUUCUUCACUUGUUUAACCUGCUUAUUAGAGAAUUCGACAGACAAGCCAAGGAUUUGGAGAUUAGAAAUGAUCCAGAUGCUAACAAGGUGCUGAAUGAUAAAAAAAAAAAGUCAAUGAUCAAAGAGUUGAAUUCGUAUGUUGCUCUUGAAAAGCAUUCCUCAUGCGGGAUUUGGAUUGGGCUUCGAAAGGCUUGUGCAAUUUGCUACAGGAAUAGAGAAUAUAAGAGACAAUCCUUUUCCCUCAAACGCCUGAUUCAGCUGAAUUUUAAUGAUGAAGUUACCUUGGAUGGCUGCUGUCUGUUGGUGCAAGUAACUAAUCAAAACCCUAAGAACUUGGCCAAUUUGAUGGCUUUAAUCUUUGUGUACGCUAUAUUGAUGAUUUUAUAAUUUUUUAUUUUUGAGAAUUCUUUGUAUGCAAUGUAGUGAGUGCACAAUAGCUACCUGGAGCAUGGAGGUGGAGACAUUAGGGUUCUGUUUGGUAAACAAGCAGGACAUCAAAGAGACAUAGAUUGUGAGGAAUCCAGUCAAGGAGGUUUUUUUUUCCCUCUUCUUUUACCUUUAUGAAGUAUAUUUAAUGCUAAGGCAGUUGCUAUAUGCAUGCUGCUAUGACAAAUCAACAGCUAAUAGAUAGUGGAAACCAGAUGAUGGACAAGACUGAUCAAGCCAUUGGAGGUCAUAAAAGGCUGAACAAAUGAGUCGGGCUGUUAAGUGUUAAUGAGCUGGACUAUCCAUUUCUCAAUCAAGAAAGCUUCUCAACUUGUGAAGGAACUUGGUAGGCAGGUUGCAACUGAUAGGUGUAUUAUGGCAUUACUCUUCCUUAUUAUUUCCGUUGGAGUCAUAGCCGUCAUUAUUGUAAAGCUGGUGAACUGAAACAACAAGGACAUGAGGGAUAUUCCAGGAUUAGCCCCACCAGCAAUGGAUUGGAAAUUAGUUUGGAGUGCUAGUUAAAAAUUUAGAAAAGGAUCAUCUAAUGAGAUUGCAAUGAUUGAUUUUCCAUCUUAUGGAUGGAACAUCAGCGUAGUUCGUGAUGCUGCUGGUGACACCUGUUUUAUAGAGCUGGUCUAGACUUUAGUUGAGUAUUGAUUUCUUUCAAGUAAUUUUUCUGUAGAUUGGUCAACCAUUCCCGAAUGUUAGUCUCUCAAACUACUGCUGGGAUUCAUUCGCUCCAAUUGGAAGUGGUCCUGUGUGAUUAUUUCUUCCCCGACUGAAAAAUCAUUCCUAUUUGAGGGAAACUUCAAAAUGUGUAGAUUGUGUUGUUAACACCAUGAUUUGCUACACUUAUAAAAUAUUUGAUCUGCACUCCAUAAUAUAUUUAUGGAAAUUUUUGUUAUUCACUGUUUA